AUGCAAAUUGGUGGUGCACACCCUUUUGCGAUCUGUAGAUUACCAAUUUCUUGCCUCUAUGUUCAUUCCUCUGUUGCUUAUUUCUUUCAUCUAAUAACUCUUAUUCGCAUGUCCAGUUUUUUUGCAGAAUCAAGACGGUUUCUGGUUGUCGGGGCCUCGGCCAAUCCUGCAAAGUUCGGCUACAAAGUUCUCAAGUGGUACGUGGAUCGAGGACUCCCCGCAACUCCAAUCAACCCCACAUCGAACGAGAUACUAGGCCAAAGGUGUUUCGGAUCUGUUGCAGAUGCGAUUGCUUCGUUUCCAGAAAAAGCCACAGUCUCUGUAUCUGUUAUUACUCCGAUAGCAGUUACGCUUGAAACAGUCAAAAAACUCCGGCCUCAAGCCGUGAAAGCCAUCUGGUUCCAACCAGGAUCUUUUGACUCUGAGGUGAUUGCCUUCUGUGAGAAAAACCUCGGUCUGGUUCGUGGAGAGUCGCUGAUUUACGAUGAUUGCAUUUUGGUGAGCGGAGACUUGCUGCGGUCACGGUUGUGA